AUGGUUUUCAUCCCGACUGAAGAAAUUUUUAAAUAUUUCCCAAACUUUUCAAAGGAUCGUGUGAAAUUUUUAAGGCGUUACAGCUUUCUAAGCCUCAUGUUAGGAGCCGCUGCGGUUGUCAGGUCACACAAGCCUGAUUUUACAGUAAGGAAUUAUACACCAUCUUAUUUUUACAAAUACCAUUUAGACAAAUUAAAGGCUAAGGGAAUAAUAGACGAUGAGAAAUAUAAUAAAUUGUUGAAUAUUCAAUGA